GCUUCAGUCUUGCUGCUGAACACCUGAACGAAAUCCCCUGGAACAAACCCUAACGCAGUGUAGAAGAGUAUAGCAAGUGAGAGAGUGAGAGAGAGAGAGAGAACGAAAAUGGCGAUUUCUGGAGAUCUGAGGGUCUCUGCAACAUUGGGAUCUUAUCCUACACAGCCCCUUCGAAGCUCUUUGCCUCCUUCAAAGUUCGUGAACGGGUCUGCGCAUAUCGCAAUCGAAGGAAAAAGGCAACAUUUGGUAGAUUUUUCUGGUUUUCUUGGUGGAGCAUCCUGUGUCUCUGAUAUCACACCCAAAUGGUCCCGUGUGGUAAUUGAUAACCAUAGCAUGUGCUGUCAUUCUAAACGACCUUUUGGUAUCACUAGCGAAUAUAAGCUGUCCCCCAAUUCCUUUAGCCAAGAAACAGAGAGUUUUAUUCAUAAUGUCAUAAACAUGAGCUUCUUUGAACGUCUGACUUUAGCUUGGCAGAUAAUGUUCCCGACACCAACGUCUAGAAGGAACUCUAAUGCAAAUAUUGCCAAGCAACGCUUGAAGAUGAUCCUCUUCUCUGACCGGUGUGUAGUUAGCGAUGAAGCAAAACAGAAGAUAGUGAGCAAUGUUGUGAAUGCUCUAUCAGAUUUCGUAGAGAUAGAAUCAGAAGAUAAAGUUCAGCUAAGUGUCUCUACGGAUCCAGACCUUGGGACUAUUUACUCUGUCACGGUGCCCGUCCGGCGGGUGAAACCAGAAUAUCAAGAUGAAGAUGAGGUUGGAACAAUAACGAAUAUUGAGUACAAAGAUACUGGUGAAAGGUCUGGUUCGGUUGAUGUCAGGUUCGAUUUCUAUGUUCCGAAUGAAAAUUGAAUGGUUUGGGGGUGUGAAAUAUGGUGAUGCCUGAUCCUCAGCGAGAAGGGAGGGGAAAAAAAGAGAAUAAUAUGUAUUUGUAACAGAUCGAUAUUCAGGUUUUUAGCCAUUUGAAUGGACUUUUAGGUUUGUAUAUAUUUUUUCUGUUCAUGAACUUGCUAGAAGUGAAAUUUUCACUUGAAAUGAUGAUUCUGGUGAGAUUACAUUA